CAAAAACAAUGGUUUAAUAGCUGUUGGGUGAGGGAACUGAUGGCAUCUAGUUUAGAUUUAAACUAAAGAUUGUAGCUUUUCAUUUAUUUCAUGUUGAAAUCAACAUGCUUUUAAUAUUGAAAUAAAACUUGCAAGAAGGAACAGAGCCAGUCACAAAUCAGCAGCAAGUCGUCCUGUGCUCACACAGAAACGUGUUAUACUUUUAGCAGACUUUAGGUUAGACUUGCUCUCUGCAAUUUUCAGACAGGAAAGUGUGUGCAAUGUCAGUUCGGGCAGUCACAGUUCUCCGUUCACCCGUUGAAACCAAUCAAUCAACCUUCAACUAAACGGACCUGUCAUAUCAAAUCCCUGGAAAGACGGUCCCAGCACACUCCACUGCUCAUCUGGGCAGCUGCAAUGAACGGAAUGGGUUGGGAAAGGGACAUCUUGGAGAGUCGAGCGUUGUGAAGAUGGAAAUACCCCGCAGUGGCAUCCCCCUCUCCUGAUGUUUCAAUGUGCUCAGGUCUGUCCCAGCAUUCCAGUCCCAAAAAACAAGGAGGCGGAGAAUAUCAGCACGAAUUUUCCUCAUCAAUUUAUGGAUUAAAUGCCGAAUUUAUAAAGCCAACAUGAUUUUGCCCUCUCUUACUUUGGUUCUGAUGGUCGGUUGUAUCUGCUUCUCGACUGCUACUGAAAUAAAGAGGAUUGAGGAGCAGGAUGUUGUGCUACCAUGUCAGCAUCGGUUUGGUCAUUUAGUAACAAAGAACCUGGAUAUUGAGUGGCUUUUACAGGACUCUGACCCAAAUCAGAAAGUGGUGAUCACUUACUCGUCGGGCUAUGUGUAUGAGAACGUAAGUGCAAAGCAGAGAGGGAGAAUCUCCUUUGCAGCAGAUUACCUGAUGGGUGAUGCUUCCAUCAAAAUUUCUUCCCUGCAGGCGACAGAUUCUGGACUGUACACAUGCAAAGUGAAAAAUGCAGGAGAGUAUGAUUUGAAAUCUGCCAUUAAUCUUGUGGUCUUAGUUAGACCCUCGAAACCUAUGUGCUGGACACAAGGGCAGCUUCUGCAAGGGAAUGACAUUAAACUUCAGUGUAGGUCGGAAAAAGGCACUGAACCUAUCUCCUACAGGUGGCAACAUAUUUUGGAUACUGAGGGACAGCAGACCAAAUUUCAAACUCGUUCACACAUAGAUUCGAGAACACCAGAAAUGCUGCUACUGAGGAACUUAAGCCACACAAAUGCCGGAGUGUACCAGUGCAGUGCCACAAAUGAAGCAGGGCAGCAAAGUUGCUUUGUGAAUAUCACAAUUACGUAUGCAAAAGACCCUGGGAUCAUUGCUGGUGCUGUUAUUGGAGUUAUGCUUGGUCUCCUGCUAAUCUUCCUUAUUGUUUGGUGCACAUUGUACAGGAAAGCAAAGCGCAAAUAUGAGGAAGAGGAACAACCAAAUGAGAUUAGGGAAGAUGCAGAGGCACCAAAGGCAAAGCUCAAUAGCACGCAAUCCUCAGUGGGCACUGGAAGCACACAGUCUGGAUCCUGCUCAGUUAAGUCCAUCCGAAAUGGUACCCCUUAUUCCCAGCAACCUCGCACACCAUCGACCAAAGAAGACAAAGGACCGGUUUCUUACACAACAACAGAGGAAGUCAAGACCAAUAAAAAUGGACCUACACAGGCACAUAUGAGAAGAUUGGGUGCUGUCCCUGUUAUGAUACCGGCUCAGUCCAGGGCUUUCCAGACUGUGUGAAUACAGUUUAGUUGGCAAAUUACUGGGUAAUUCGGGAGCUUUCACUAUUUAGUGGAGAUAUUGAUCUUAGGAUGCCUGAUCUAAACUAGUAUGAUAAAGCAGUCACUAGAUGAACCACCUGUGUAUAUUUGGUUCUAUUGACUUUAAUGGAUCAGGAUGAUGGGUUGGGAAUAAGUUUGGUAUUGAAUGGGGUUUAAUGCUGGCAACCAAAGAUGAAUUUCUCCUAUUAAAUUUAAAACAGUCAAGCGUGAAAUGUCCUCACCCACUUUUCCGAUGUUGAUUUGAGCAAAUUAAGCUCAGUAAGCUGGGUGGAAUUACAUAAACCAGAUAUCAUCUCAUUUAUUGACUGGAUCUCCAGAAAAUCCAGCUAUCUUUUGAACAGAUGAAUCUAGUUUGCACAUUCUUAAUUUAGGCCUCUAAUUUUGCCUGAAUGCCAUAUGGAUCUGAUGAAAACUUCUAUUAGUUUGUGGGAUAUUUUAAUGUUGUUCUGUGUUAGGUAAGUGAUGCUCACAAUGUUUUAAAGUGUUAUUGAAAAUAGUUUACCUCGGGUGGUUGUAAAAGGUACCACGAUACUAUUUCAAAAGAAGAGCAGGAGAGUUAUCACUGGUGUCCUGGGCAGUAUUUAUUCCUCUGACAACAUUACUGUAAAACAGCUUAUCUGGUUACUAUCACAUUGCAUUUAGUGGGAGCUAGUUAUGCAUAAAUUGUCUACAGCAUGUCCUACAUUACAGAUGACAUUACAAUGUAAAAGUACUUUGUUGGCAGUAAAGCAUUUUCAAAGGACCUGAGGCAAUGAAAGGCACCACAGAAAUCCAAGUUUUUACUUUCUCUUCUAUUUUAUUCCAGCCUGCAAAUGGAUUUAAUUUUGCUAAGAUCCUCCUGUGUGAAGAUUCCAGAUCAACCCGGUGGUUAGCCUAUUCCCAAUAUGUUUUUUAUAUCAUAUUUAUAGUCAGUUCCACAUGAAUUAAUAUUGGGCAUUCUUUUUGUCCAUCUCAUUCCAUUACAUAUAACAGGAUUUCUUUGCAAUUUUAGGCUGUGCAUAUUUAGUACUAACAUACACACAAAGGAAAAAUGGCAAUCAAACUAGUCAUGUGCAAUAAGCAGUUUGGUAUAUUUUUCAAAUUUCAAGAUGAAUACUUAUGUAAUAUACAUAUAGAAGAGCAUUGGUCUGUAUUGGUAUCAUCAGUAAUCGUGAUAUGGGAAGAUAUUGGUAAUUUGGAAGCAUUUUUUUCUGAAAUUACAAAUAUUCAAGUGAAAUUAUGUUUAUCCACCUUAGGGGUGCAUGCAUGGGCACAUGAUAUUUGCGUGAACUUUAACUGCUGCGGGCGUGCUGGACAAUUAAAUAAGAAACACUAGUUUAUUUUUUAAGCCAAAAGCAAUUUUUUGCAGAUACCUGUACUAGAGAUCUGAAAUAAAAACACAACAUUUUGAAAAUAGCAGUCAGGCACCAUAUAUGAAGUUAAUGUUUCUGUUCAAUGACCUUCGAUGAUAGUUUAUAAGAUCCAGGUGGAAAUAAACUUCUGUAGACCAGCUGAGUUGAAUAGCCUGUUCCUGUGCUGUAAAUUUGAUGUAAUUCUUUUAUGUGGUCAUGCACUUUGGAUGAUCAUUUAUGAUUUGAACCCCAUGAACCCUGGAAUUCAUUAAGGUUCAAUCUUUCCAUUUGUAAUAGGUUCCACAUUCUAAUCACUCUCACAAGUUUCCCCCAAAUUUUAACAGUGCAAUAAAGUGGCUAUUGACUGCUAAUCAACCAUGCUGGCCUAAUUGCUUGCUAAUCAACCUUGUGAAUUUGUUGACACUUUAGAGACCCAUUCCUUCAGGUUUUAAUUGACUUAGAUUAUUUUAUUUCAGAUUUAUUUUUAUACACUUUCUUAUGGUGUAUCAUUCUUUUUACACAUUUUUUAUCUUUGUUUCUUAAUUUGUUCCAGGCUUUACAAUGAAUCUUCCCAUAUAUCUCUCACUGUUCAUUUAACAAUCCUUCAAUCUAAUUCAUUGUUGAAGGAGAUACAAUCUAGCUUGCCUCUUCACUCCGAUCGGGAUGACAUCAAGUUAGGUCAUUCUCAGAAGCCCAGCCACGCAUGGGCUUCUUUUCACAAUUACUGUUACAAAUGUUAUUCUGUAAUAUUAGUUUAAUUAUAGUGCAAGAAACAUUCAGAAGGGAAAAUAGAACUGCAUGAGCCAUAUUAUACACUUUUCAAUUAUAGGUUGAUUCUUAAGGAAUUAAUCUUGGGUGGCCCAUUGAUGCAUCAGAUGGUGUUGCUGCCUCAUAACACUGGGAUUCCAGGUUUGAUCCUUGCAUAUGCCACUGUGUGGAGCUUGCAUGUUCUCUCUGUAGAUAUUACCCGAGUGCUCUGGCUUUUUCUCAUAUCCCAAAAGUAUGGUGGUUGGUAAAUUAAUCUGGUAGAAGAAUCAGACUGCAGGUGAAAGGGAGUAGUUUAAAGAGAAAUAAGAAUGGGAUGGGAUUGAUUGCUCUGUGACUCAGUGGGCCAAAUGUAGAAAGGAAAUAUUUGAAAUGUAGGCUUUCUAGUGAGGAAUGUUAAUUAACUAAAACUAGUGUGCAAGCACCUGGGAAGCACAUGACUGUUGGGUUAGGGAGUUUGUUUAUCCAACUUUGUGAUUAUAGUGCAGUAUACUGAAAUUCAGGGACAUGGGCCAAAUAUAGUUACAAACCCCUGUGCUUGUAUCAUUCACACAGAGAGAACAUGUUUCAAAGCAGAUGUUUGGCACUUACUAAGAGUCACAAAGUAAUGAACAAAGGCUAUAAGGUGUUUUUUUUUUAAUAAAAUGAUGUGUGCCUAUGUUAUUUGUAACAUAAUUUAAGAAGGGAAAUAUGCAAAACAAAGUUUUACAUUUAAUGUUUUUCAAAAAUCACAUCAAAUGCAUAUGCAUUUGCAUUAAAAAGAUACGAGCAGAUUAAGUGAUUUUUUUAAAAGAGGUAUCUGCAUGUAUGAACAUGUCACAACAUUUUGGGAGUGUACACUUCUUUUCAAAAGGGACAUGAAAGCUUACUGUUUUGUGCAAAACAUUUUUUACAUUUGUAUUUAAAUAGCUAGUCAACUUUAUGUUCAUUUUUUGUCUGCAAAUGUUUGUUUACUGUUUCUUUUAAAAACUGCCAGUGUCUGUUGAUUAUGUUAUUAAUGAGAGGAAGUCUGAAUGCAGCGAUUGUUAACGUUUAAAUAGAAUCCCUUGUCCUGUUGCAUUUUCUUCAGUUGAGCUGAGUUACAAAAGUCACUGUGCCCAGUCUUAUUCCAUUGGGUAAGUGUGGUCUUUAGUUUGGUUAAAUUAUUCACAGUUAAAAACCUGUUGGAGAUUUAUUGUGUGUCUGAGAUGAUGCAGAGUAAAACGUAUUCCCUUGG